GCGGCGCCCUCCGCGGCGGCGGCGGCCCGAGCCGCCAUGAGCGCGCGGCAGCCGGACGCCCCCGCGCUGGAGCCGGGCAAGAUGUCGCUGCCGCUCGGCGUGCCGCGGCGGGCCUUCAGCUACGACGACGCCCUGGAGGACACGGCGCCCAUGACGCCGCCGCCCGCCGACCUGGGCGCCAACGUCCUCUGGAAGCAGCCGGUGAUCCCCGAGCGCAAGUACCAGGAGCUGGCGAAGAUUGAGGAGGGGGAUGCUCACAUGAACACUCCAGUCAUAACGCCUUCAUCUUCCACUGAAAGUGUGAACAAGGUACCUGUGGUGAAGGCCAAGGCCACUCAUAUCAUCAUGAACUCUCUCUUCACAAAGCAGACUCAGGAGAGCAUUCACCGCUUUGAGCAGCAGGCAGGGCUGACAGAUGCUGGCUACACUCCCCACAAAGGCCUCACUACAGAGGAGACAAAGUAUCAUCGAGUGGCUGAGGCAGUCCAUAAGUUAAAAAUGCAGAGUGGAGAGAUGACAAAAGAAGAAAAACAGACUUGGUCUGCUCAGUCCACUCCAAGCAGCACUCCCCACUCCUCUCCCAAGCACAAAACCAGGGGUUGGUUUAGUCAGGGAGCCUCCGCUUCUAUCACUGGCCCAGACUUUGUUGCCUUGGAAGCUGGUGGGGACAGAUUGCCAUCUGAAAAAUGGAGCUUUUUUGGACCCAAAGCUAUCCAGAAAUCCACCAAUGAUCCAGGAGGAUUUACCAUCCAAUCCUAUAAGGGUGCCCAGAAACCAUCCCCCAUGGAGCUGAUGCGUGCCCAGGCCACUAGGAUGCCAGAGGAUCCAGUGACCUUCAAGCCACCCAAAAUGGACAUUCCAGUCACAGAAGGCAGGAAACAAUCUCCACGUUCUCAUAAUAUCAAACCUCGGGAUCUGAAUGUGCUCACUCCAACGGGGUUCUAAGGAGGAUGCUUCUGGUGUCCUAGUGGAUUAAAGGGUAUCUUAGGCUAUGCUUCCCUGUCUCAUUGUGCUGCAGUAAAAUAGGAAAGUCUCUCUUCCAGCUCUUCAUCUCAGUAAAGGAAACAGCUGUCACUGUUCCUCUAAAGCCAACCCUGAAUCAGUCUUUGAAAAACCCCUGCACUAGUACUAAACUGAUGUAAACCAUCUUUUCUGCUGUAUCUGCACCAAUUCUGUCUGCUAGGCUGCACUGGGAGACAAAAUUCCCAGUACAGUAUACUACAGUAAAACCUUGAACUGCGUUUUGUGGGAGAGAAAAGCCUUGUAGUGGGCAAGUAGACUGGCUUGUCUACCUGUUGUCUAGUUAUCCUGUUCUGUACAGUGCUGAAGUGUUCUCAAGAGGACCAUCGUUCUGACUGGCGCACACACACACAACACCAGCAGAAAAUGAGACAAACACAAGCCAGGAAUAAAAUGGACCAUUAAAUGGCUGAAAUAACUUGCUCUGGGAAUGUGGUAGGUGAACUUUAAACAUCGAGUUCCCUUAUUUUUCCAGUGUCACCUUGUGAUAGUUCAACACCUAGUGCUUAUUUAUUUGUUCUUGGAUUUUUUUUUUAAGGGAAAGCAGACAGUGACCCAUUAUUACUAGAAAGUCAAAGAGUAGAACCUAGCAGGUUUGGUAGUAAAUGGGAAGAACAAGUGCUUCUCUUCUAACUCCUAAUGUUCCUCUGAAAAAUGGUGGAAUUGACCAGAGUUGUUGUGGUUUGGACCAAGUAAACUUCCUCUUUCCUUUCUGGAUUCCUGCAAAACAACACUGUCCUGCCUCUGUAUAGAACAGACUGAACAGUAGUUUUGACACUCUGUAUGCUGCUUGAUUGUUUCUUAGCAUCUUGUAGGAAUCAUGUGUAGAAGUGUAUUAGACGCACCAGUGGCACUUCUGAAAUAGGAUCUUUUGUUUAUCAGUGUUAGAUGCAAUUUGCCAGCCUGGGGCAGAAGUGAGGGGCAGAUUAAGGCUAAACUUUCCUCCAAGCUCUACUGAUAGAGCUAUAUAUUUUUUUGGCCUAGACUUGCAGACAGUUGCUGGGACAGCUGCCACCUACUAUUUCUUUCCUGAAAAUUGGGAAAGAAAUUCUUACAUACCAUUUAAUCCUUUGAGUAGUGUAGGGCGGGAUAGGUAUAAUCUCCGUGGCGAGCAGGUCUCCUCUGUUUCUUGAUCCUAUGAUCCCAUGUAUUACACUGCUCCUUCAGCCAGCUGCAGGCAUUCUGUAGCAGUGAGGGGGUAGUCUUGCAUCUGGCAUUAGAAGCUUUUAUGUUACAAGCACAUUACUAUUCGUAACCACUGAACUCUGGGUUGCUGCCUGCUCAAAAAAAGCAUUUCUGCCUGGGGUGAGUAGCCAAGGUACUUGGAUAGCUGGUAUCCCCCUCUGAAGAAGUGUAUUUUGUGGCUCUGCUUCAUCUCAGUUUUCAACAGCAGUGCCAGCAGUGUAUUGUGUUGAAACACCCAACUAAACAGUUGUCACUGUCCCUAAUCAUUCACACCUUUGCAAUCGGAGAAUCUCUGGUUUGACAUUAAUUUAUUUGUGGUCUGUAUUCAUAUCUAUGUCUAAUUUUCUUUGUUACAAGAAAAUAAAAUUCUUUGUGAAUGGA